UCCCUCUCACCUAAGGAGACAGACAGAACCAUUUGUUUCUUUAAGGCACCAUCCUUCACAUUACAAAAAAGAUAACCAGUAAACAAUACAAGAAAUUAAACUAUUAUUGGACAUAUAUAACCACAAAAUCCUAGGAGAUUUGGCAUUGUUAAAGCUCAAAGUGUCAAACUAUGGAUCCAUACCAGAGACAGAGACCAUUUGGCUCAGCCGGCGAAGGUGGCAGCAGCGGCGGCUCCGAUAUGCCCCGUGAAAUGGAUGACAAUAAGAAGAAAAAGAAGCUUCUCCACCGUGACAUCGAACGCCAGAGAAGACAGGAGAUGGCUACACUCUUUGCCUCGCUUCGUACUCACCUACCUCUCCAAUACAUUAAGGGGAAGAGAGCUGUUUCAGAUCAUGUAAACGGAGCGGUGAAUUUCAUUAAGGACACGGAAACACGGAUCAAAGAACUCAGUGCAAGAAGAGAUGAGCUAAGCAGAGAAACAUGUCAGACAUAUAAAUCGAGUCCGGAUCCAGCAAGAACUGGAUCCGAGUUAGGCAAGUCGUAUCCGGCGAGUGUGAUGGUGCAACCAUGCGUGAGCGGUUUCGAAGUGGCUGUGAGCAGCAACUCGUCAGCCGAAGCUUUGCCACUCUCAAGAGUGCUUGAGACACUUCAGGAGCUAGGACUUGAAGUCAUCAGCUGCCUCACCACAAGAAUCAAUGAGAGGCUCAUGCACACUAUUCAAGUCGAGGUUAAUAGUUUUGGAUGCUUGGACUUAGCUUGGUUGCAGCAGAAGCUAGUUGAGGAGUUGAUACUUUAGACGGGUACUAAUACUUGAGAAUCGUAAUUAACUUCAUGAAAUAUCUAAAGCUUUCAUGAAACUUCAUCUUGGGAGCAGGCCUUGAAAUAUAUUCUUGGAUGGAGGCUUAGCUUGGGUUUAAACAAGUUCAAGUGCGUAUUGAAGUUAGUUUCAAAAGGAUUUUAUGCAUUUGUAGGUCAUAAAGUUCACCAUCAUUCUACGCAGACACUGUAAAGACUAAGUUGAGAUGUUUGCAAUACAUCAUUUUCUCACAAUAAGGUUUUAGUGUGUUUGCUUUACAUUUUGCUUCUAUUUAUCAACUCCAAAUUUCAGUUAUCAGGUUUCCCUUUCAUUACUAGCAUCUUUUGUAUCAUUUCAUUGUUAUGUUUUCAUGUGGGUUUUUAGUAUGAAUAUAAGGU